AUGGUCGCUCCGUCGACGGAGCCGCGCGAGGCUGCUGCGCCGACGGAUCUUGCGGGCAUCUCGCCGUCGGCUGCUCGUGGAGGCUGGCGCGUCAUCCUCACGGGCACGCCGCUGCAGAACAACCUGAACGAGUACCACGCGAUGGUCGAUUUCGUGCGGCCCGCGCUGCUCGGCUCGGUGGCCGAGUUCCGCAACCGCUUCGUCGCGCCGAUCACCAACGGCAACACGCUCGACGCCUCGGCGGCCGACGUGCGGCUCUCGCGGCAGCGGAUGGCCGUGCUGCACGACCUUGUGCAGCCCUUCCUCCACCGGCGCACCGCCGAGAUCCUGCGGCAGGCGCUGCCGCCCAAGCGCGAGAUCGCGCUCUCGUGCCGCCUCGCGCCCGUGCAGCGCUCGCUCUACAGCACCUUCCUCGAGCACGCCAAGGCGGCGUCGGGCGCCUCGGCCGAGCUCUCCGAGCUGUGGUCGCUGCGGAUCACACACACCUCUUUCACGACGACGAGCACGCCGCUGCAGAACAACCUGAACGAGUACCACGCGAUGGUCGAUUUCGUGCGGCCCGCGCUGCUCGGCACGGUGCCCGAGUUCCGCAACCGCUUCGUCGCGCCGAUCACCAACGGCAACACGCUCGACGCCUCGGCGGCCGACGUGCGGCUCUCGCGGCAGCGGAUGGCCGUGCUGCACGACCUUGCGCUGCCGCCCAAGCGCGAGAUCGCGCUCUCGUGCCGCCUCGCGCCCGUGCAGCGCUCGCUCUACAGCACCUUCCUCGAGCACGCCAAGGCGGCGUCGGGCGCCUCGGUGCGCGGGCUGCUCGGCGCCUACCAGACGCUGCAGCAGAUCUUCAACCACCCCGCCACGCUCUACCGCUGCGUCGACGCCAAGGGCGCGGCGGGCUCCAAGCGCGAGGCCUCGGGCUACGACUCGAUGGACGACUUCGCGGUGCUCAAGCGGCGCACGCGGCCGGCGGGGGACAUGAAGUGGAAGCGAGGGCGCGACUACAUGCGGCUCGACGGCACGACGCCGCAGGCGCAGCGGCAGCGGCUCGUCGACCACUUCCAGGACGAGGAGAGCGACGCGCGGCUGCUACCGGUAAUGGUUACGCUCUCUUGCGCUGCCCCGUCGCCUGCCGCGUAA